UGUGAAUGACCUCUGAAGACAGCCUAUCACGAAGCGGAGGAGGCGGGACUACGAGGCGUAUUGAUGCCAUUGACGACUAGAGUGGUAGCGGUUAGUGUGAUCCAGCGGCGUAUUGUUUUCCGCAAAAUUCAACUCCCAAAAACAAAUUAACGACUGCCAGCGGCAAUAGGAAGCUGGUGGACGUCGACCUCAAUCUUCGGUGGACAUCUGUCCUUCGGCUGUAUCGUUUUUGACAGCCGGAGUUGGACUGAGAUCGGCACAGAUUGACAGUUGGUGGGGAUAUCGUUAUUAGCUAGCAGUAGCUUACUUCUCCCAGCAUACCAGCUGCCUCAGCGCUGUAUGUGCGGCAAUAACAUGUCAGCGCCUCUACCUGCCAUUGUGCCUGCUGCCCGGAAAGCCACUGCAGCGGUGAUAUUUCUGCAUGGCCUCGGUGAUACUGGGCAUGGCUGGGCAGAAGCUUUCGCAGGCAUCAGGAUACCGCAUGUGAAAUACAUCUGUCCACAUGCUCCAACCAUGCCUGUUUCUUUGAACAUGAGAAUGUCCAUGCCUUCUUGGUUUGAUAUCUAUGCGUUGAGCCCAGACGCAGAUGAAGAUGAGAGUGGUAUUAAAAGAGCAUCAGAGAACAUUAAAGCUUUGAUAGACCAAGAAGUGAGGAAUGGAAUACCUUCACACAGAAUUAUCCUGGGUGGAUUUUCACAAGGUGGAGCAUUGUCUCUCUACACAGCUCUGACAACUCAGCAGAAACUUGCUGGAGUGGUUGCUCUGAGCUGCUGGCUUCCUCUCCGCAACUCCUUCCCUCUGGCAUCUGCCAACUGUGCUAACAAGGACAUGUAUGUCUUGCAAUGCCACGGGGAAGCUGACCCCCUGGUCCCCUUUAUUUUUGGCAGCCAGACAGCAGAGAAGAUGAAAAAUCUCAUCAAUCCUGCCAACAUCACCUUCAAAUCGUAUCGGGGUCUACCUCAUAGCGCAUGUCCAGAGGAAAUGGUGGAUAUCAAACGGUUCAUAGAGAAGCACCUUCCUCCCAUCAGUGCUGAAUGAAGGGGGUAUCUUUACAACCACACAGCACCAUCGGAGUCCUCUGAGACUGACUCUGUUGUGACUCCGUGGAUUUGAGGAACCGCUGACUUACUUGACAAUAAAAUCUCGCUGCUACUCAUAGAGCCCCACAGGACAGGGGCUGCUACACGUUAGCCCGGGAGAGGCAUGACUGAAACGAUGCUAUAUCCUGACCUGGAGCCACAAAUGAUCCUCAGUGUUACAGUAGAGUAACAUUAGUUGCUUGAUUGUAAAGCUAUUUGCCAUUGAGACAAGCCAUUACCUGCAGGAAACGUAUGUAUUGGAAUAACUAGGGCUAUACUUUAUGGUUUAAUACUUAUUAUCUUACAAUAAUUGGCCUGUUGUUAGAUGUUUUUAAUUAACGUCUAUUUUUAGUAGUAUGGAAAUGAGUUUACUAGUUGGUUAAUCAACACGAUUUAACGCAUUUAUGGAGAGAAAGCAUUUUGUAGUUUCAUUUGUAGUUUCUAGCUUCUCAGAUUUGAGGAUUUCCUGAUUUUCUGUGUUUUAAAUGAUUGUAAAUUGAAUAUUUUUUGGGUUUUGGAUUUGUCAUCGAACCAACCAACCAACUUAAAAACAUCAACUGUGGCUUUUA